AUGAAUCACAUUAGAACAUCAUAUCGUGGGCUAAGAACCAUACCUAGACUUAUCGAGAAGAAAAAUUCAUUUUUUUUGAAAUCUUUACCACGUAAAAAUAUACACCCAUUAGUUAUAAAUUCAUUGCAACAUCGUUGUUUACAUUUAAAAGGAAGACAAGAGAAACCACCUUCUGAUUCAAUAUCAAUUUCCAAUACAGAUGAUGCUUCGAAUUUACAAGAAUUGAAAAAAAAAUCCAAGAUUCAAUAUUUUGCCAAAUUGACUCAAACUGAUGAUUUUAAAAAAAAAUUAACAAAAUAUCUUAUUAUAAUAUAUGCUAUUUUCAUUUAUUAUGGUCUUACAUAUAUGCAAAAAUUAUAUAAAAAAGAAAAAGAAUUAGUUGAAUUAGAAAAGAAAUUGGAAUCGGAAGGUAAUGAUAAAUUAACUUUAGAGGAGCAAUUGCGUUUAAAAGAGUGGAAAGGCGAAUUAAGUUAUAAAGAAAGACAUCAAUUGUUUCAAAUCAGGUAUCCAGAAUUAUCAGCUACUAAAGGGAUUGAUUCAGCACUAGAAGCUUACGAUACUACUCAGUUUUAUGAUAGUGUGGCAGAGGAUUAUGAUAAACAAAUUAACAAAGAAGAAAGAUUUAUUGGUAUAAAAUCCAAAAGAAAAUGGGUUAUGAGACAGGCUACGGGAGACGUUUUGGAAGUCUCUUGUGGUACUGGUAGAAAUGUUCCAUAUUUGAAAGCUUCUGAUAUUCGAUCAAUAACUUAUGUUGAUAGUUCAUUAAAGAUGAUUGAAUUAACAAGAGAUCGAUUUAAGAAAAAAUACCCCAAUUUUAAAAAUGUAGCAUUUGUUCAACGUAAAGCUGAAGAUUUAGUAAAGUCAAAUGAAUCUAGUCAAGAAGGUGCACCACAAAUGAAAUACGAUACUAUUGUUGAAACUUUUGGAUUAUGUUCACAUGAAGACCCUGUCAAUUCGUUAAAGAAUUUUGCCAAAUUAUUAAAACCUAAUGGGAAAAUUGUUUUAUUGGAGCAUGGUAGAGGUGAUUAUCAAUUUAUAAAUAAAAUCCUGGAUAAAAGAGCCAAACCAAGAUUGGAGAAAUGGGGGUGUAGAUGGAAUUUAGAUAUCGAAGAGUUAUUGGGUGAAUCUGGACUAAAGAUUAAGAAAGUUAGUCGAUCACAUUUUGGGACUACUUGGUGUAUUACUGCUAUGAGAGCGGAAGACGAUGUGAAUGACGGUAAUGAUGUGCCAUUAACUGAAAAAUAUUGGGGUAUCAAAAAACAAUGA